AUUUAGUUGGAGAAAUCCCAAAGGAGCUGCUGAAACUGUCCUCAUUGAUCGUGUUAGAUUUGAGUAAUAAUCAGCUUUCUGGGUUUUAGCGCAACAAUUGGCAUCAAGAGCUCGGGUUAGGUUCUUGGAAUUUUCGGUAUUCAUAAUAUUGCAGCGGGAGUAUUUUUUUUCUGAAGUUGUUUGAGCUGUGCAAAUCGCUUCCGCGGGGUUUUAGCGCAACAUAUCCAACGGAAAAUGAAGUUCAUGCAUUGACAAAAAUCCGACACCGGAACAUUGUGAAACUUUUCGGCUUCUGUUCUAAUCCUGAAAGGCGAAUAUCAUUUUUGGUUUAUGAGUUCGUGGAAAGAGGAAGUUUGCAAAAUGUUUUAUGCGAUAGGGAACAAGCUGUGGAGUUUGAUUGGAUAAAGAGGAUAACAUUCAUCGAGGGAACAGCUAACGCACUUGCUUACAUGCACCAUGAUUGCUUUCCAGCAAUAGUUCAUAGGGACAUAUCUAGCAACAAUAUCUUGUUGGACUUUGAAUACAAUGCUCGAGUUUCCGAUUUUGGUACGGCGAGGAUUCUGAAACCGGAUUCUUCGAAUUGGACAUCACUUGCAGGAACUUACGGAUAUGUUGCUCCAGAGCUUGCAUAUACAAUGAAGGUGACCGAGAAGUGUGAUGUUUAUAGCUUUGGGGUGAUUAUAUUAGAAGUGCUAAUGGGAAGGCAUCCAUCUGAAAUUACUACAUUACUCUCGCAAAAUGUUCUUUCAUCUUCCUCUUCCUCUUCCUCUAAGGUGGGGCAAAACGUAAUGUUGGGAGACAUCUUGGACCAAUGCAUUGGAGCACCGACAGAUAUUGUGAAGAAAGAAAUAAUGUACAUCGUCAAGGCUGGAUUUUCAUGUUUGCGGAGUGAUCCAUGUUCUCGGCCAACUAUGCAAGAAGUAUCAGUAGGGCUAUCAUUAUCAGCUCAUAGCAGGGCAGGUUUAGCAAAGCCUUUUGAAACCAUUUCACUAGGAGACUUACUGCUGUUAUGUACGAAGCAGCAGCAAGCUCUGGCAGAGUUCACAGAGACCUCAACUGACUUGGAGAAAGCUGAUCUUAACGCUGCAGCACUCACAGAGUCAUAG